AUGCGCGGCAAACGUGCCAAGCAGUAUCGCAAGCUCAUGCACCAGUAUGGCUUGACCUUUGGCUUCCGCGAACCCUACCAGGUCCUCGUCGACGCCCAAAUGGUCCAGGACGCCGAGCGCUUCAAGAUGGACCUCGCCGGCGGCCUGGAGCGCACGCUGCAGGGCAAGAUCAAGCCCAUGAUCACCCAUUGCUCCAUGCGCCACCUAUACGAGGCCAAGGACCAGACCGUCAUCGCCCACGCCAAGUCUUUCGAGCGCCGCCGCUGCAACCACCACGAGCUCGAGAAGCCGCUCUCCACCCUCGAGUGCAUCCAGUCCGUCGUCGACCCCAAGGGCGCCAACACCAACAAGCACCGCUACUGCGUCGCCACCCAGGACCCUAAAGUGCGCGCCUUCCUGCGCAAGAUCCCCGGCGUGCCUCUCGUCUACAUCAACCGCAGCGUCAUGAUCAUGGAGCCCAUGGGCGGCGCUACCGAGGACGUUAGAGACCGUGCUGAGAAGGACAAGUUUAGGGCUGGUAUCAAGGGAACCAGGCGGACCGCCGCUGAACUUUCGGCUAAGAGGAAGAGGGACGAAGACGGUGACGACAGCGAUGUGUCUAUGGAAGAUGCGACGGCGGGCGCCGAGGCGGAGGGCAACGCUGCUCUGCAGCCGAAGAAGAAGCAGAAGAAGGGACCCAAGGGACCCAAUCCGCUUAGUGUCAAGAAACCAAAGGACAAGCCGACAGGAAAGGCUGCGCAAAAACCCAAUAAGGCUCCGGAGAAGCCAAAGAAGGCUAUUGAGGAGAGUGAGACAAAGGAACCAUCUGCCACAGACACGGCCGAGGAGCCUGCAAAGCGAAAGAGGAAGAGAAAGAACAAGCCUAAGACGGAUGGGGAAUCGGCCGAGGCAGCACAAGCGGACGCUCAAGAAUCAUGA